GUGAAGUCAGUCGUUUUGUUCAAUAUUCAAACGUCCGCCCUGUUCCGCGGUUUAAUAUUCUUUAAGCUUUUGCCGUAAAAUAAACACAAAUUCAUAUUCAUAAAUUCUAGAUUGUUCUAGUAGAUCUAGUUAACGAAAAAACGAAGCUAUCGAUUCAAUCGAUUCAAUUUGUUGUGAGGAAUAGUUUUUGAUUCCUUAGAUCUGUGUGCUUAUGGCGCAUAGAAGAUCAAAGUUGCUCAUAUUGUUGUGUUGUUUAUCCUACACUUUGUCAAUUGCCAUUGCAGCGAAGAGUUACUAUGAUAUUUUGCAAAUUCCAAAAGGUGCUUCGGAUGAGCAGAUCAAACGAGCUUAUAGGAAGCUUGCGUUGAAGUAUCACCCUGAUAAGAAUCAGGGAAAUGAAGAGGCUAAUAAGAAAUUUGCUGAAAUCAGUAAUGCUUAUGAAGUGAUUUCGGACAGUGAAAAGAGAAAUAUAUAUGAUCGCUAUGGGGAAGAGGGUCUUAAACAACAUGCUGCUAGCGGAGGCAGAGGAGGUGGAAUGAACAUGCAAGACAUAUUUAGCCAGUUUUUCGGCGGGGGCUCAAUGGAGGAGGAGGAAGAGAAGAUUGUGAAAGGUGAUGAUGUAAUUGUUGAUUUGGAUGCUACAUUGGAAGACUUAUACAUGGGGGGCUCCUUGAAGGUUUGGAGGGAGAAAAACAUUUUAAAGCCGGCCCCUGGUAAGAGGAAGUGCAAUUGCCGAAAUGAGGUUUAUCAUCGACAAAUUGGUCCAGGAAUGUUUCAGCAGAUGACUGAACAGGUCUGUGACAAAUGCCCCAACGUGAAGUUUGAAAGGGAAGGGUACCAUAUAACUGUGGAUAUUGAGAAAGGAAUGCAAGAUGGCCAGGAAGUGGUCUUUUAUGAGGAUGGUGAGCCUAAGAUAGAUGGUGAACCUGGAGACCUGAAGUUCCGCAUCCGCACAGCUCCUCAUGACCAAUUCACAAGAGAAGUAAACGACCUUCGCACCACCGUUACUAUAACUCUGGUGCAAGCUCUGGUUGGUUUCGAGAAGACCAUCAAACAUCUCGAUGAUCAUCUGGUGGACAUUAGUUCAAAGGGAAUCACUAAACCUAAAGAAGUGAGGAAAUUUAAAGGUGAAGGGAUGCCGCUACAUUACAGUAACAAGAAGGGUGAUUUAUAUGUUAAAUUUGAGGUUCUUUUCCCCACGUCAUUGACGGAGGACCAAAAGAAACAGAUCAAGGAGGUUCUUGGUUAGGAUACAGUAUAUCAUUUGGUCCCAAGUAAUGAAUUCUGGACAUCUGCUUUGAAGGUGCGUUGUACGUCAGACUUGGUAUAAUCUUCCAGGUGUCUGCGUUGUUUUUUUUCAAGGCCCUUGUACCAAAUUCAUAUUUCCUUUUUUCUCUAUUUUUGGGUGGAGGGUCUCAUUUGGAUUAUAGAAUAGAACCCAUUUACAUGUAUUGAACAAUGAUUUAUAGAGUAGAUGGAAACAUGUAUAUUACUAGCCCAGUGAUUCACAUAUAUUUGGAUGACUGAGUAGCCUAUUAGCUGCUGCUCUAUUUUAAGAUGGUUUACUCUAAUGGCAUAUGGUGAUGUUGGUUUCAAA